UGUGUGUCUGACCAGUUGGGUGUUUCAGUGUAGUUGACUUUUUCCUUCCGUCUUCUCUGUUCUGUUCCCACCCUAUAACACCCUGAGUCCCCCCUCCACUCCUGGCAGUGUUUCUCUCUUUUCAGGUAUCACUUCUCUUUCCUCUGCACUCUGCUGCUUCUUCUCCAAGUAGUGCCCUUGAACCUCUCACGUCCUACAAGAGCAUCCCUGCUCCACACACACCCCUCACUGAGCACAGGAUGGACCCCCUGCCUCUGCUCCUAUACCUGUGCGCAGUGCUGGCACCGAGCCGUGGAUUCAGUGUGGACGUGGAGGGACCCAUCACCUUCCAGGAGACAGCUGAAGGGUUUGGGCAGAGCAUGUUGCAGAUCGGGAGUGCCAGCGGCGGGGGGCUGAUCAUCGGGGCCCCGCUGCAGACAGGAAAUGUGAAUGAAACAGGCAAAGUCUACAAGUGCGACCCGGACUCCAGACGCUGCCAGGAGAUCCCCAUCCAGAGGUCCCCAGAUGCCAUGGACAUGUCCCUCAGUUUGUCUCUGGCUGCCCGAGGCUCCCAGUUCCAGGUGUGCAUCCCCAUGGAGCAUCAGGCCUGUGGGGAGAACAAGUACGUCAGUCACAACUGCUACCCCCUGCAGCAGAGCUUCUCGCAACUCCAGCGCAUCCCAGACACCCAGCCAGAGUGCCCCAAACAUGUCACGGACAUAGCGCUCCUCAUCGACGGCUCAACCAGCAUCGCACCUGUGGACUUUGAAAAGAUGAAGAUGUUUGUCUCUGAGAUCAUGAAGCGUUUCCGCAAAACCAACACGCAGUUUGCCCUCAUGCAGUACUCGAAUGAAUUUAAAGAGCAUUUCGACUUCUCACAGUACAAGGGGAGCAGCAACCCUGAUGACCUUGUCGGGGCAGUCGUGCAGCUCACGGGUUGGACGCACACGGCCACCGCCAUCCGGAAAGUGGUGCGGGAGCUGUUCACCUCUGGGAGAGGCGCUCGGGACGAAGCCACCAAGAUUCUCAUGGUGAUCACAGAUGGGAAGAAAACUGGAGACCCACUUUCUUAUAAGAACGUCAUACCUGAGGCUGAGAGAGCUGGGAUCAUCCGCUACGCCAUCGGGGUCGGCAAUGCCUUCUCCAGUGAUACUGCCCAACAGGAGCUCCAGGAGAUCGCCUCUGAGCCCACCAGGAAGCAUAUCUUCGGGGUGGACAAUUUCGACACCCUCGAGUGCAUCGAGACCCAGUUGCAGGACAAGAUCAUCAUCUUGGAAGGUUAUUCAUCUCAGGUCAUCACAGCCAAUGGGCAGAGCAUCUACAUGGUUGGGGCCCCUCUAUGCCAAGGCACCGGCAAAGUCCUCCAGUUCAGCAGAGAUACCAAGGGUGGGGAAUGGACACCCGGAUCGGAGCUGUUGGGAGAGCAGAACGGCUCGUAUUUUGGGAGUAUACUGUCCACUGUGGACCUCGACAGAGAUGGAAACAUGGACCUGAUUCUAAUCGGAGCCCCUUUGUUCCAUACACCCCUGAAUGGAGGACGCGUCUAUAUCUGCCCGAUUAACUUGCCGGGGACGACGAUGAUCUGCACCAAGACACUACAUGGGCAGACGGGGGAAGUGUCUGGGCACUUCGGGGCCAGCAUGUCUGAAAUCGGGGACAUCAGCGGGGACGGACAGACGGAUGUGGCCAUCGGGGCUCCCAUGGAGAAUGACAAUCAUGGAGCCUUGUACAUCUUCCAUGGGGAAAAGGGAGGCCUCAGUCCCCAGUACAGACAGCGCAUAGUGGGGUCACAGUUUCCCAGCAGGCUGCACUACUUUGGCCAGGCUGUCAGUGGCGGGACAGAUCUGACGAGGGACGGACUGCCGGACAUCGCGGUGGGGGCACAAGGGCAGGUCCUGCUGCUGAGAAACGGGCACUUCUCUAUGUUAUUGCAGGCACUUGUAGAUCACUGUGGGUGCUUUGCUGACAUCAACCUCUGUCCCGAAGACAUUCUGGCCCCCAUCACCCUACGCUUCAACUACACCCUGACGGGGGAGCCCAUCGCUGCCGCCCGUGGCCUCAGACCCAUCCUGAGCGAGGACUCUGUGCUGGCGUCUGCAGGCUCGCUCCCGUUUCAGAAGGACUGCGGCACCGAUGGCCGCUGCGAUGACCAGUUAGCAGUCUCCUUCAAUUUCUCUGACUUGAGCACCCUGGUGGUGGGGGUCACCCCUGAACUCAACAUCACCGUCUCCAUCCAGAACCAUGGGGAGAAUUCCUACAACGCCAGGGUGCAGUUCUUCUACCCGGCCGCGCUGUCCUACCGCCGGGUCCUGCUGCUCCAGUCUAACAGGAGGGCCAUGACCAUUAAGUGCAGCUCAGCAGAGGGCUCAGAGGAGCAAUCUCAAAGGAACAGCAUCUGCCACAUCAACCACCCCAUCUUCUGGAGCGGGGCCGAGGUAGGGACGGGCCCUGGCCUGUGAACUCCCCAGGGGUGAGCCCAGCUGGGAGCA